UGCAUUUCCAGAUUGUUGUCUUUUUCAAUGAGUUUAAUAACUUUUGUAAACAAUAAAAAAAAUAUUCUUCAAAAUGUGAGCUUACUAUGUUGUGUAGAUUUAAGUAAUGAUUUUUAAGAAUUAAUUUUAUGGCUCUAUUUAUGAACAUUAAAGCGGGUCGUUUUGUAGGGCGCCGAUAAAAUGAGAAAAUCUCAUUUACCGAAAAUGUUUUACGGAUCAUUUAGAACAACUUUGCCUAAUCGCUGGCUCGAAACCAGUUUUACACAUAGAAUGAUCCGUAGAACAUUUUCUGCAUAUGCGAUUUUAUACAUAAAUUUAGAAGUCAAAUAUCUUUGCUAAGAUGCUAAUAUGCAAAUAAAUUAAAUUUUGAUACAUAUAUUGACGAUAAGUUAUUUGCAAGUAUAUAAAAAUAUGUGUAUCAACGUGUGCGUACGUGAUUUCACGGGCAAACAAAACACAAAGGAAUUAGUUCGUUGCGUAAAAAAAAUGUUUAGACUAUAAACAAUAACCAAAUACAAAGUUGACAAUUGAAUAGGCGUUGACGAUUACUAACUGCAACACAGAGAAAGAAGAAGCAACAAAAAGCUCAAAAGUGUUAAAAGAUUAAUGGCACCCCCAACAUGAUUUAAAUCUAUGAAAAUAGUACGCAUAUCAUACAUUUACGUCUAUAGCUAUAUACAUAUAAGUACAUAGGUUUUGGUACGUACAUACCGCGCGUUCAUUGCUAGGGUGGGUGCCGCAGAUUUUUGCGUUCCUCGUUGAGCCGGCCGCUGUAGCGUCGCUGCCAGCAGUCAACGCCGGCCGCAUACGUAACUAGGCUAGGUAUAAAUAGUAGUACUAAGUUUAAACUGAAUAUCAGUUAACGUUCACUAUUGGAUCUACGCGGUUUCGAGUUAAAGAAAUUUCGACAAAAUAAAUUACUACAAGAUGAAAUUCCUGCUAUUGGCCAUCUUUGUUUGCUGCGCGCUCUUCAUGGCUGUCAGCGCCGUGCCCGUAGAAGAGGCCAUUCCCGAAGGCAUUGAGGGUGCUCACGACACUAUCGAAGCCACCGACGACAAAAGCGUUCUAUUGAAAUUGAAGUUGCUUAAGAAAUUGUUGUUCUUGGGUUAAUUCCAUCGACAUGCAGUAUCAUCAUAUACCGAUAUUAAAAAAAAAUUCAGUCAUACUAUACCCAUAAACGUCGUAUUUUCACGAUGUUUAUUUAAAAAUUUAUGAUAACUCUAAGCAAAAAAAAAUCUAUAAGAAAAUAUCAGUUCAUAACUUCAAAUACUCUCAAUAAUUUGUUAUUUAUAAGAUAAAAAAUAAUAAAAUACAUUUAUUUGUUUAUAUAA